AUGACUGUGGAGUUAAUGACCUUUAAUAUCCGCUAUGACAAUGCAGAUGAUGGGUUGGACUCGUGGCAGCACAGAAAAGACGAUGUAUGCAUCUUCCUUUUGAGCCAAAAAUCCGAUUUUAUUGGAAUGCAGGAGGCACUUUACGACCAAGUUCUGGAUAUUAACAAUUCACUGGCUCCAGUUGCCUACAAAUGGUUCGGAGUCGGACGUGAUGAUGGAAAACUUGCAGGAGAAUUCAAUCCAAUUUUCUAUAACUCCUCGAAAUUUUCUUUACUGGGCCACGGAGUUUUCUGGUUAAGUCUCACUCCAGAAGUUCCCGGCUCCAUAUACCCAGGAGCAGGGUGCAGGAGGACUUGUCAAUAUGGUCACUUUCAAGAAGUCCUAAAACCCGAGAACAAGUUUUGGCACUUCAAUACUCAUCUUGACAACGCGUCUUUGGAGGCAAGGGAGUAUAGUGCACAUCUUCUUUCUACGAAAAUUAAAGAAAUUGUUGACAUUGAGAAGGACGUAUACUUCUUAACAGGGGAUUUCAAUUCCGAGAAGACUGAGCAGACUUAUAAAAUCGUAAUCGAGUCUGGUCUAAUCGACUCAGAAGACGUAGCCGCACAAAAGAAACCGUCCAGCACGUUUACCGGUUUCGACAAUUCAGCGCGCAGUGUGAUUGAUUUUAUCUUCGUACGAAAUUAUAAGUCAGUCGAUUUGUACCAAGUGAAUGAACAGACGAGACCGAAUGGUCGUAAUCUUUCGGACCACAGGGCUGUGCAGUGCUUUAUAAAUCUAUUCUGA